GCAUGACCGCGUCAGCACCCCGAUAUUUACUCAGCAGAGUCCCUGCCUCCGCCCACCUGGGAUCUAGAAGUCUAGAUUUCAUAAGCUUUCAUUCAUCUUUCUUGUUUUUUACCCUCUGCUCUCCCACACUCUUUCGAGUCUUGGCGAAUUUACUCUGCGAACACAUCAAAAAGAGAAAUCGACGGUCGCUUGUCCUGAUUACAUAGCAUAUUCGGAGUGUCAAGAGUAUACUUGAUCUCGGUGAAGCAUCCCCAGCAGAAGCCAGAAAACACAGAAAACAAUCAGCCCGGUAUCGAUACACCAUUGCACCAGAAUGUCGGCCUCGGACUACUACAAUAAUAACAACAAUUCAUACACGCACCCGCAAAACCAAGGGCAGCAGUAUCAAGGUCAACCCUAUCAAGGCCAGCCCUAUCAAGGCCAGCCCUACCAAGGCCAACAAUACCAGGGUCAGCAAUACCAAGGCCAGCCCUACCAACAGCCACCCCAGUACCAGCAAUACCCACAGUACCCGCCUCCCCAACAGCAACAACCAGCCCCCUACGCCUCGCAGCAGCAGCUGGCGCCCUACGACCACGAUGCAAAACGCCCCACCUCUGCGCAAUCGGCUUCGUCCCACCACCAGCAGCAACAGCAGCAGCAGCAGCAGCAGUACUACCAAGACCCGAACCGCGCAGGCGGGCCCUCUGCCCAGUACCCGGGCCCGGGCGGCGAGGCCGGUGAGCGCGGACUAAUGUCGACCGUGGUGGGCGGCGCGGGCGGUGCGUUCCUCGGCAACAAGGUCGGCAACGGCGGCAAGCUCAAGAUGAUGCUGGGAGCCGUCGCCGGCGCUGUGGCGGCCAACGUCGUCAGCCACAAGAUCAAGGACCACAGGCAGGAUCAUCACCAGCAGCAGCAGCAGCAGCACCAUGGGGGCGGGGGCUUGAUGGGCAUGAUACCGGGGAUGCAUGGUCAUCAGCAGCAGCAGCAUGGGCAUCACCACCAGUCUGGCUACGAUUCCGAGGGGUCACAUCAUCACGGUCAUCAUCAGCAUGGGCAUCAUCACGGCCACCACCACGGCCAUCAUCACCAUGGGCACCACCACGGCCACCACCAUGGGAAUGGUGGUUGGUAG